ACCAAAUUCAUUUCCUCGUUGACAAUGAUCACGAUGGACGAAUACCCCAUCAUUGUAGAGGGAAACUGGGAGUUUGAACACGUUAAAAGUUUGAAAAAUAAACUUCAGAUUCAUUUUCAGAGUAAAAAGAAAUCGCAGGGAGGAGACUGCGUUGUGAAAUAUAAUGACAAGAGCAACUCUGCUACGAUUCUGUUCAAAUCGUCUGACAGUAAGUGCUGAAAACAAAAGCAUUUUAUGUUAACAAAUAACAUAUUUUUUAUAGUAUUUAUUUUUUUAUUUAUCUAGUAAUGCAAUCAAUAUGUGGAGAGACACUUUAAAUACAAAUCGCGACAAACUCUCUCAAGAACACCGUGUCUAAACCAGACACGUUAAGCGACCGUUGCAAAUCAUUUAAACUUGGUGUCAGUAAUGUCAGGGAUUCGUCGUGUCCAGUUUAGACAGCAUUACUGACACAGGGGCGUCGCUAGGCCCUUUUUAGGGGGGCUUCAGCCGCAUCAAGCUGCAUCAAGUUCCGGCUCCUCCCCUGAUCUGAGUCUGCACGGAUUCAGCGCGUUUUUCAAUCCACAGGGGCGCCGAGCAGAGCGAACAUCAGAGAGUACAAGAUGGAUAUUCAACAUUUUUUUGUCGUGCGGGAGUAGGUCUGCAAAUGAGCAACAGUCAGGUGAGAAUAGAACAGACAGCCUCACACACACAAUACCACUGUAUUCCCAAGAUUCGUUGCAGUCAUUGAACCCUUAUGUUGUUUUAAUUUCCACGUACAUUUCAUAAGAAAAAGCUGUGGUAUCAUCAAAGGAUAAACAUGAAUGUCCUAAUACUGAAUCAGAAAGUCUUUAUUGUAAAAAUCUACAUUCCCAAUUCAAAAUUUUCCAGUGACUGGUCACAUCUAAAAAACUGUAUUAGUUUUUUUUUACAGUGUUGUAUAUGGCUCAGUCAGUACUCCUACUCCCAUAUAUGAAAUACAGGGAAUACAAUGGAAUAGUGGAUUGCAAUAAGUUCGAGAUGACGUGCUCUCAAAGGCAGAACACAUUAUUACCAUUGACAAUCAACAAAUCAAGCUGAAAGUGUACAAACCCAGCAAUGUAGAGGAACAGAUAGACAACACUGGACAACAACCGUUCCAGCGGAUGACGUAGGAUGUCGGAGAUGACAAAUGUGGAGAAAGACACGGCACGUUUUAUUAUGGAUGCAUGCACUUUAUUUGACAUCUUGUGGACUAUUGAAAAAAAAAAAAAAAAACAUCCACCAACUUCAUUUAUAAUGAAUUGAAGAGCAAGCAAGGACAAUUUUUUAUAUAACUCAGAAUGGAUUUGUCUGAAAAAAGAAGUCGUAUACACCUACACUAGGAUGUCUCGAGGAUUGCCCGGGGGUGUGGAUAUAAGGAACCAAUUCAAAGUGCCUCUCAGACUGAGUUGGAUGUGAAGAAGCCUCAAGAGUCAAGUGCUGUGGUCCUGGAGAACCUUCCCGAUGAUGUUAACCAAGACGUUUUGACUCUUUUGGUGGAGAACAUCAGCAGACUUCCUGAGAAUGACUUUAGCAUGGAAUUUAUACCAGAAUUAAGAAAAGCAGUUGUGACCUUUAAAAAUACCAAUGCUGCAGAACAUUUUCUUCAGGACAGCAGGACACAUGAAAAGUUCAAGAAGAAUAAUCUGAGAGCCCGUGCACUGGAGAGAAGCACAUGUGUGCGAGUGGAGGAUCUUCCAGCUGAGGCCAACAACAACAAGAUGCUGCUGGAACUGUAUUUUGAGAAAUGGGGCGGUGCAGUAGAGGACGUUAUCACAAUUCCAGCAGAACAAGCAGCCAUUAUUAUUUUUAAGGAGGAAGAAGUUAAAGAAAGAGUUUUAAAGCAAGACAAUAACAUCUGUAAUGUUCUAGUCAAGAUAUAUCCCUAUUUUAAAUCACUGGAUACAGUCUUGUAUGGUGGCAAGAGACCCCAUUUGAAGCUGCCUGAACCCAUUACAGUCAGUGUAGAUUCUGCCAUCAGAGAGUUCAUCCUCAAGAAAGGGCAGAUUUCCUCCAUUAAAGACCAGAUGAGCUCACACUUCUGCCAAAUAAACAUGGACAAACCUGAAGUCUUGCUCAGUCCUGAUCCAGCAUUACAGAAACAGAAAGGAAUUACCAGAAGACACAUUGAUUGCUGGAGUAAGAAUGCAAUUGAUGCCUUCAUGAAAAUCACCUCAAGCUACACAACAUCUGAGUGGUCCAUGUCACACGCCUUGUGGUCAAAAGUGGAAAGUGAUGUUAAGGAAUUAGUGAAAGAUCAAGUUUUCAUAGAUUUAGAUGCAUCUAAAGGGGUGCUGACACUGGCAGGAAUGGCCCAUGAGAUAAUUGGACUGAAAUCCAUAAUGGAGAAAAUUUUAGAGAGAGCAACAAACCAAAUAGAGAGAGAGCAGAACAGUGUGACAGAGAACGUGGAAAUUUCUCCUGCCAUGUACUCUCUGCUUGAACAAGAUGGCCUGAAAAGUGCUAAGGCUGUUUCUCCAGACCUGCACAUUGACUACAACAAAAAAAAUAACAGAUUCGAUUUAGCAGGUCUUCAUACAGAAAUUCUCACUUUCAAGAACUGGGUCCUUGAGAAGAAAAUAAAUAUGAAACAGAAGUUCUUACAGAUUGAUCGUUCAAUCCUGGAGUUCUUGAAAUCAGUGGACUGUGAUGAAAUGUCCAGAGAUCUCUUCAUAUCUCAUGGAAUAAUUGCUGUCUACACAAUCGCAAAUGAAGAUGUUGUUGUGAUUGGGAGCACUGAAAGAGCCCUUGCUGAGGCAGAGAAAAGGGCGAAUACAGUUCUCACAACUAAAGACCUCACCGUAGAAGAUCAGGGUGUCCUUCAAAUGCCAGCGUGGCAGGAUCUCAAAAAACAAUUGCAAGAAUUGUUCAAUACUUCCAAAAAGACAUCUGUCAUUAUAUAUUUAUCUAAACGGAGAGACAAAGUUAUGGUGACUGGAUUCAGAGAACCAGUGAUGGAGGUCAGUGAAAAUUUAAGAUGUUUCAUUGAGAAACACACUAGAAUUGAAGAAACUGUUAGUGUCAAAUCACAUGCAGCGGCUGUAUUCAUACAAGUUAAAAAGUCACAAGACUGGCAGCACCUUAUUAAAUCUGAUGAGGUGAAAGUCCUUUUUGAUUCAAAGAGACCCCGGAUCAAACUGUCUGGAGAGCGUACAUUUGUUCAGCCAGCUAUGACUCUGUUUAAAAAGUUGACAGAUGGUCUCUGCACGGACACACUGAUAAUUAAAAAGGCAGGAGCAAAGAAGUACUUCAUGGAGAAGGGUAAAAUGAUGCUCUCGAUGUGGUUGAAGGAAAAAAGAUUUGUGGUGGUUCUUCAGGAAGAUGACAUGCUGGAAGAGGAGGAAAAUGAAAUUACUGAAGGUAGUUUUUCAAAUAUUGGCCAGGUCUCUUGUGAGGUUAAAAUACCAGGUGGACUAACUGUUACUGUCAGGAAGGCAGACAUUUGCAAGAUCAGUGUUGAUGCUGUGGUCAAUGCUGCUAAUGGAGAUCUGAAGCACACUGGUGGUGUAGCUUUAGCACUUCUUCAAGCUGCUGGACCAAGUCUGCAGCAAAUCUGUGACCAACACAUAAAAGUAAAUGGGCCUUUGAAGCCUGGAGAUGCCUUCAUCACUGACGCUGGUCGUCUUCCCUGUAAAUAUGUGGUGCACGCUGUUGGACCUCGCUUCAGUGAUUCAGACAGACGUACCACUGUGCAACGCCUGAGACGUGCUGUGAGGGAAAGUCUGAACCAAGCGUCAAUGAAAAACUGCUCCUCUAUUGCAAUUCCAGUUAUUAGCUCAGGGAUAUUUGGUUGUCCUCUUGAUCUUUGCACUGAAUCGAUCGCUAUGGAGGUGUGUGACUACAUUGAUGAUCAUAACCGCAGAGCCUCCAAUAGCACAUUAACUAAGAUUCACUUGGUUGACAAUAAUGACAGAACUGUGAAUGCCAUGACUCAAGCUGUCAGAAAGGUGUUUGCUGCUUAUAACCCCGAAAUGACUUCCCCUCAAGCCAAACCCCAUGGGCAUAGUGACUAUGGCCAAGGCUAUCGUGGAAAUGGUCGUAGAAACUAUGGUCAAAUAGACCAAGAUGUUGAAGUUGUCAAAGUUCGUGAUAAUAGAGACUUUGAAGGCGAAGAACACAGGAGAAGAGAAGCUUCAAGCUAUGGUGGCAGACCAGAUAUAUCUGAAGGAUUGAGUAUUCUUGAGACCAAAACUACACAAGAGGGACUAAACAUCAUUCUGAGCAAAGGGAAUAUCCAGGAUGCAAGUGCCGAUGUCAUUGUAAACACUAUAUCGGAGGACUUGGACCUCAGUAAAGGUGCCGUCUCCAACGCUCUCCUCCAGACUGCUGGUCAUCAGCUCCAGUCAGAAAUCACCAGAGCUGCUCGCUCAAACAGUCUGAAUUAUGGUGAAAUGCUCAUCACAGAUGGUUAUAAACUGAAAUGUUCCAAGGUCUUCCAUGUUGUUUGUCCAUUUUGGCAUGGUGGACAAAACUCAGCAGAUAAGGUACUUAUUCAGAUCAUAAGAGAUUGCCUGAGAAAAGCGGAAACGCAAGGAAUGUCUUCAGUCGUCUUCCCGGCCAUUGGGACUGGGAAUCUUGGCUUUCCUAAAGAUUUGGUGGCCAGAAUAAUGCUGACAGAAGUCCAGAAAUCUAAUUUUACUAACCUUCAAGAGGUAACUGUGAUUGUACACCCUUCUGACAAGGAGAGUGUAGAGUGCUUUACUAGCAUCUUUAGACAUGGGAUUCAGGGUCCCUUCACAAAAGGAUCACAUCAACAUCUCAAGUCUAAAAUGAAUCUUUUUGCCAAAUCAACUUCUGGGGCUGCUGGCAAAGUCUCCUCUCCCUCUCUUGGAGUGCACAUUAUGCAGCUGGGUCAAGUGACUCUAGAUGUUUCAUCAGGAGACAUAACUAAAGAAAAAACUGAUGCCAUUGUCAACUCCUCAAAUCAGACAUUUUCUCUGAAAGCAGGAGUAUCCAAGGCCAUUUUAGAUGCUGCUGGGGUACAAGUUGAACUAGAAUGUUCACUGAUGGUGGGAUCGUCAAACAUGCAGCAGACAGAGAUUGUGACCUCAGCCGGGCAGCUUCCAUGUGGAAACAUCAUCCACGUUAUUGGACGUAAAAGUCCAUCUGAAAUUAAGGAUGUUGUUUUGUCUGUUCUGAAGUUAUGUGAGGCACGCAAACUUACUUCUGUUGCCUUCCCAGCUCUUGGCACUGGUCAGGGAGGUGCAAAACCAGCUGAUGUUGCAGAUGCAAUGGUUGAUGCAGUUGUCGACUUUGUAAAGAAAAAGAAACCGGUGCAUGUAAAGCUUGUGAAGUUUCUUAUAUUCCAGACGAACAUGGUGGCAGACUUCCACCAAAGCAUGAUCAGAAGAUCUGGUGAGAAAGUAGAGGAGGAUAAAGGUUUUCUGAACAAACUUAAAGACUUCUUCUGGUCCGGAAGUUCAGAUUCUCCUGCUAAUGAAGAGUUUGUAAUUGUUGGUGAAGUAAUGGAGCCAGCUGUAUUUCAGCUCUGUGGGGAGACACUAAAGGACUUAAGUGAAGCCAAGGACAUGAUCAACAGCAUGAUAUUACAGGAGCAUGUGAGCAUCCCAAUCCAUGAUCCAGCCAUUGCUCAUUUCACCAAAGAGGAUGGAGAAACACUGAACGCCAUGCAGAGGGAGCUCACAGUCAGUGUCCGGCUUGAGAAGAAAGGCCAAGACUCUGUCAUCACAUUGGAGGGUCUGACAAGAGACGUUCACACUGCAGACAGUCGUAUUCGAAACAUGAUCAGAAAGGUGGAAAGGAAUGAAAACCGAAGGCGUGAGGCCUUUUUCAUUAGCAGUGUGAUUCAAUGGCAAUAUCAGGAAAAUGGACGGAGCAAUAAAAACUUUGAUAUAUUGACCAAUUAUGACCUGGAACAGGGGUUUCAGAAGCAACAGCUUUCAGUGAAAAUCAAGAUUAAUAAUGUUGAAUAUGAAGCCGAUGUGUUUCGCAAAGUGGCCACAAGGGGGAGACUGAGGAUUGAACUGAACAGAGUAGAUCUGGAAGCUGCAGCUCAAAGAUCUUUGCCUUCACACUGGGAGGACAUGAAAGGACAGUCAGUUGUUCUUGUAAAACUCACAGCAGGCUCAACAGAAUAUGCAGAAGUGGAGAAAGAUUUCACAAGCACAGGACUAUCCAGUAACAGUAUCAUUACAAUUGAAAGAGUCCAAAACGUUGCACUUUGGAGAAAUUACAUGAUCAAAAAGGAGGAACUGGAAGACAAAAACAAACACACAAACAAUGAAAGGCGUCUCUUUCAUGGAACUGGCCCUGAUAAGACCGAUCAGAUCAACAAUCACGGCUUCAAUCGCAGCUUCGCUGGCAUGCAUGGAGCCAUGUAUGGGAAUGGAACAUAUUUUGCUGUGGACCCAAGUUACUCAGCCCGAGGUUACUCUAAACCUGAUGUCAACGGACACAAACGCAUGUACCUCGCCAGGGUUCUUGUUGGUGAUUUCACUCAAGGAAAACCAGGCCUUCCUGUUCCUCCUGCGAAGAGCUCCAGUAGUGCUGAUCUCUUUAACAGUGUGACUGAUAAAAUUAACAACCCAACCAUGUUUGUGAUCUUCAAUGAUGUACAGGCUUACCCAGAAUACCUGAUCACUUUCCAGUAAUGAUUAUGAGAUAAGUUUCUGUCAGCUAGGGUUUUUGUUAUUUUUGAUAUACUUGGAGGAAUUACAGAAUAAGUUUUUAGAAUAAUCUUUUCUGUUUAAACAUAUAUAUAUAUAUAUAUAUAUAUAUAUAUAUAUAUAUAUAUAUAUAUAUAUAUAUAUAUAUAUAUAUAUAUAUGUGUGUAGAUAUAUAUAUAUUUUUUUAUAAAUAUGAGAGAACCAUAAUCCUAUUUCCUACUUUAGGGGUUUAAUCUUAUAAUUCUCUUUUAACCUUAUAGGGUUGAUCAGCGAUGGGUUUUAUCCUGCUAAUUUAACAUAUUGAGUAAAAGCCUACUAAAAAAUGGGUUCAAGCUGAGCAUUUCUGCUUUACAGGGGAUUAAAGUCUGAUGAAACAUAAAACCAUUCUUUGAAACCUACUUCAAUAAACUUUUCUCUAUAAUGUUGCUGUUAACUGCUAUUAUGACAUUUUUUUGUGUGUGUGUGUUCAUGUAAAGAGUAUUUGAUAAAUAAAAAAUGUUUUCUUUACAAAA